UUACCAUAGACAACUUGCCGGAGAAUGUUGAUGACUUCUACUCACUUGUAAAGACCAAACUUGGACUGCAAGGGGUUCUCGUGAUUCAGUAUCAAGACCCCGACUUUGAUAAUGACCUGUUCAAUUUAAGUUACAUGUCAGACCUUCCUAAAGAUAAAGCUACUUUGAAAGUGCACACCAAGGUAUAUGAAACAUACCACACAGACUCUACUCUAGACACAGCAAGCCUGUCUUCAUUUUCCCUUGAGGAGGGCCCCAGUGGUACCCAAACUCGUCAGUUGCCUCAACCAUUUAUCAUUCCUGCCUUUUUCUUUUGAUGUUGAGUUAAAACUGAGGCCAAGGAAAUGAAGCCUACCAUAGAGAUGGCACCCUACUUGAUGUAUCGAAGAACAUGAAGUCUGAUAUCUUAGACAAGUUAGCAGAAGCCAUAUAUCCUCACAAUCCCUAUCCAGCACGUGAAGAUUGUGAUCAUGUGGCUCAAGCUCUCAUCAACAAACAUCCUUGUCUGAAGGAACCAGGAUGUGCCAAUGGGUGGUAAUGCUGGAAGUUCAGUUUAAAGUUCAAAAUGGGCAACUUCCGCUAGAAGCUGCGAGUGGCUGGAUGCUCCGAGGUCAGAGUCAAUGCUCGUACCCCUGGACCAAGUCCAAAAAGACUAAAGAGGGCCAAAAAAUCAGAGGUGAACUUUCUGCCAGAUUUUCCAGAAGGGAAAGCCCACAGUGACCUUGAAAUGGAGAGAUCUGCCAUGGUCAUGGAGAUGAAGAAAAGAAAGGUUGAUUGGAAGAAAAUAGGUGAAAUGAUGUGUAACACAUUCCCCUUACGGAGAAAAGAAGUUGUUGAAGAUGAACCCCUUGUGGCACAAGUCAAGGAAAGGUGGCCAGCCUUGUUCAGGGAUCAGCAGAUUGAAGCAGAAUUUGUAUGCCUUACAUCUGUUGACCUGAAGAGCUCCUUCUUCACUGGGCUGGACCAGUAUCUGGCAAGGUUCCUUGAGCUGUACAAAGCCAAGAGUGGCAUAGUGGGGUUGACCAGGCUGAUGAGAUGUCUUGAUGAUGACAGCUGCACAGAGAGGAAGAGGACAGUUCUUCUGCUGGGCCUUCCUCACUUUCUUAAGGAGGAUUCCUCAUGUUUUUUUAAGACUGUCGAGGCCACAGAUGAUGAAAACACAUUCACUCGGGGGAUGAAAGUUGGUGUUGUGAUGGUGAAAGAUGGAGAAGACAUCAUUGACACGUCAGUGGUCCUUGAAGAAAGAGUGAUUCUGCCUGAUCUGAAGGACAUCCCGCAUGCCAUUGCCUUGCUGAUGGGUCUUCUUUUUGCACUCAACAUAGACUAUCCGAAGGAACUAAGGUGACCUGAUGAAGCUCAGGUGUUCCUGGACCCAUCAGAGGACAGAGACAGCUGAGCAUCAGGACAGUCUGGGUAUCCAAAGGAAGACUGAUGAAGAUGAACACUGACUGCAGAGCUCCAUUACCAGCUCACACUUCAGUAUACUAGAAACCAUAAACCUUGAUGGAGGACACGGUCUGCAGAGUUUACAUAAAAGUUAUAGCUUUGUUACUUACAACAUGUGUAACUGGAAUAUGAAUGAAACAUAAAUAAAGUGUUUUACUUUUAAGAA